CGGAGGGCGCUGCUCAGCCCGUGGGUCAUCUUCAUCCUAACGGGUCUGAGCUAGGCUCUGCCCCGUCCUGGGCGCCAGGGCGCCGUCCACGCGAGUUCGCUGGAGCCAAGGCCCUGCCGCUUUCAGUAGGGCGGGGCGCGCGUGUGCGCGUGUUACACUCCCAGUGUGCCCAGGCUCGUGGGUCGUGCUCGUGCCGUUCCUGAAGAGUUGUGGAACCGACCUUAUUGUGCAAAGUGGAAGCCGGCACUGGACACACUCUUUUCCUCGCUCGACACGUGUUUCUGGUGCUUAAAACGAAGUAUUUGAUGAUGCAUCACCCGGGAAGCAAAAAGAAAUCCAAGAACCAGAUCCUACCUAUGAAGAAAAAAUGCAAACCGAUCGAGCAAAUAGAUUUGAGUAUUUAUUAAAGCAGACAGAGCUGUUUGCACAUUUCAUUCAGCCUGCUGCUCAAAAGACUCCAACCUCACCUUUGAAGAUGAAACCUGGGCGCCCACGAAUAAAAAAGGAUGAGAAACAGAACUUGCUCUCAGUUGGCGAUUACCGACACCGUAGAACAGAGCAAGAGGAGGACGAAGAACUGUUAACAGAAAGCUCCAAAGCAACCAAUAUUUGCACUCGAUUUGAAGACUCUCCAUCAUAUGUGAAAUGGGGUAAACUGAGGGAUUAUCAGGUCCGAGGAUUGAAUUGGCUCAUUUCUUUGUAUGAGAAUGGUAUCAAUGGUAUCCUUGCAGAUGAAAUGGGCUUGGGCAAGACUCUUCAAACAAUUUCUCUUCUUGGGUACAUGAAGCACUAUAGAAACAUUCCUGGUCCUCAUAUGGUUUUGGUUCCUAAGUCUACAUUACACAACUGGAUGAGUGAAUUCAAGAGAUGGGUUCCAACUCUUAGAUCUGUUUGUUUGAUAGGAGAUAAGGAACAAAGAGCUGCUUUUGUCAGAGAUGUUCUGUUACCAGGAGAAUGGGAUGUAUGUGUAACGUCCUAUGAAAUGCUUAUUAAAGAGAAGUCUGUGUUCAAAAAAUUUAACUGGAGAUACUUAGUUAUAGAUGAAGCGCACAGAAUCAAAAAUGAAAAAUCUAAGUUGUCAGAAAUAGUAAGGGAAUUCAAGACUACAAAUCGACUAUUACUAACUGGAACACCUCUUCAGAACAAUUUGCACGAGCUCUGGUCACUUCUUAAUUUUUUGUUGCCAGAUGUGUUCAAUUCAGCUGACGACUUUGAUUCCUGGUUUGAUACGAACAACUGCCUUGGGGAUCAAAAGCUAGUGGAGAGGCUUCAUAUGGUUUUGCGUCCAUUUUUGCUUCGUCGAAUUAAGGCUGAUGUUGAAAAGAGUUUGCCUCCAAAGAAAGAAGUAAAAAUCUAUGUGGGUCUCAGCAAAAUGCAAAGGGAAUGGUAUACCCGGAUAUUAAUGAAGGACAUAGAUAUACUGAACUCUGCAGGGAAAAUGGACAAGAUGAGGUUACUGAACAUCCUGAUGCAGUUGAGGAAAUGCUGUAAUCAUCCAUACCUCUUUGAUGGAGCUGAACCUGGUCCACCUUACACAACAGAUAUGCAUCUAGUUACCAACAGUGGCAAAAUGGUGGUGUUAGACAAGUUGCUCCCUAAAUUGAAAGAACAAGGUUCACGAGUACUUAUCUUCAGUCAGAUGACAAGAGUAUUGGACAUUUUAGAAGAUUAUUGCAUGUGGAGAAAUUAUGAGUACUGCAGGUUGGAUGGGCAGACACCCCAUGAUGAGAGACAAGAUUCUAUCAAUGCAUACAAUGAACCAAACAGCACAAAGUUUGUUUUCAUGUUAAGCACACGUGCUGGUGGUCUUGGCAUCAAUCUUGCUACUGCUGAUGUAGUAAUUUUAUAUGAUUCAGAUUGGAAUCCCCAAGUAGACCUUCAGGCUAUGGACCGCGCACAUAGAAUAGGACAGACCAAGACAGUCCGAGUGUUCCGCUUUAUAACUGACAACACCGUAGAAGAAAGAAUAGUGGAACGUGCCGAGAUGAAGCUCAGGCUAGAUUCAAUUGUCAUCCAGCAAGGGAGGCUUGUAGAUCAGAAUCUGAACAAAAUUGGGAAGGACGAGAUGCUUCAAAUGAUUCGACACGGGGCAACACAUGUGUUUGCCUCAAAGGAGAGUGAGAUCACUGAUGAGGAUAUUGAUGGCAUUUUGGAAAGAGGCGCAAAGAAGACUGCUGAGAUGAAUGAAAAGCUCUCCAAAAUGGGUGAAAGCUCACUUCGGAAUUUUACAAUGGAUACAGAGUCAAGUGUGUACAACUUUGAAGGAGAAGACUAUAGAGAAAAACAAAAGAUUGCAUUCACUGAGUGGAUUGAGCCACCCAAACGAGAGAGAAAAGCUAACUACGCUGUGGAUGCAUAUUUCAGAGAAGCGCUUCGUGUUAGUGAACCUAAAGCACCCAAAGCUCCUCGGCCUCCAAAACAACCCAAUGUUCAGGAUUUUCAGUUUUUCCCCCCGCGCUUAUUUGAAUUACUGGAAAAGGAAAUUCUGUAUUACAGAAAAACUAUUGGGUACAAGGUACCUCGAAGUCCUGAUCUUCCUAAUGCAGCACAGGCACAGAAAGAAGAACAGCUUAAAAUUGAUGAAGCGGAACCCCUUAAUGAUGAGGAACUAGAGGAAAAAGAGAAGCUUCUAACACAGGGAUUUACCAAUUGGAAUAAGAGAGACUUUAACCAGUUUAUUAAAGCUAAUGAGAAGUGGGGUCGUGAUGAUAUUGAAAAUAUAGCAAGGGAAGUGGAAGGAAAAACUCCAGAAGAAGUCAUUGAAUAUUCAGCUGUGUUCUGGGAGAGAUGCAAUGAGCUCCAGGACAUAGAGAAGAUAAUGGCACAGAUUGAAAGGGGAGAGGCCAGAAUUCAAAGAAGGAUAAGCAUCAAAAAAGCACUUGAUACGAAGAUUGGACGGUACAAAGCACCUUUUCAUCAACUUCGAAUAUCAUAUGGUACUAACAAGGGCAAAAACUACACCGAGGAGGAGGAUCGUUUUCUGAUUUGCAUGCUUCACAAGCUUGGAUUUGACAAGGAGAAUGUCUACGAUGAACUGCGGCAGUGCAUCCGCAACUCCCCUCAGUUCAGGUUUGACUGGUUUCUGAAGUCCAGAACUGCAAUGGAGCUCCAGAGGCGAUGUAAUACCUUAAUUACAUUGAUUGAAAGAGAAAACAUGGAACUAGAAGAGAAGGAGAAGGCAGAGAAAAAGAAACGAGGACCAAAGCCUUCAACACAGAAGCGUAAAAUGGAUGGAGCACCUGAUGGUAGAGGAAGAAAAAAGAAGCUGAAACUAUGAAUGCGUAUUUGUUUCAUUAUCACUAACUUUAAAGCAGUAGUUCUUUAAUUUACGGGUCUUCAUAAGAUGUACUGUACAAUGCUCAAUUGUUAUGUCAUUCAAAGACAUCAGGUUCAUCUGUUUAUUGAGCUAGAAAUAUAGUAUGUACUUUCACUUUUUUAAAUGGAACAGCUGUGCUGAAAU